GGGUGUUUUUUUUUGUCACGGAAGGCCAUAUUUUUUAUUAAUAAUAAAAGAGAAGGGGGGAAAAAAAAAAAGGAAGCAUGGGUUUGUUUACAUGUUGCACGUCUGGGGGAGGGCAGAAACGCAAUUCCGAUUUCGACGGCCUCGAUCCUGAGGAGCUGAUCAUGGACAGCAGACAUCCUGUCGUCUUCUUCAUCCGAUACUCUCGAACCGGCGGUCGGGAUCCGGAUAAGGUCCCGGGUGACGUAUUUGCACGGCCAGACACUGAGCGAUCUAAUGACGUCAACGUAAUUGGUCGGCCACGUGUGCUUGCCAGCACGCCGGGUGUGCCGACCGGCCGUCGAGAUCCGGACGAGCUGUUGUCUGACGAGAAGGAUAGGGAUAAGGAUACAUACGAUGACGUUAACAAGAACGUACUUGGACGGUCCCCACAUGGGCUUGUCAGCAGCAUGCCGGGUGUUCCAACCGGGAGUCGGGAUCCGGAUAAGCUUUCAUCUGGUGAUGUAGCAUUUGGACGGCUAGAGUAUCCGGAGAAGGAUAUAUAUGAUGACGUCGUCAUCAACGUACGUCGACGGCCAGUUAAUAGUGAGGUUUCUGAUGACGUCAACGCAGUUGGACGGCCAUAUGUGCUUGGCAUGGGCGUGCUCGUCAGCCCGUGCCUCGUCAUGACAAGUGCGAACGUGGUCCCUACCAUCGAGCUUGCCAGCCAACUGCAUAUUCUGGUCGGUGCAUCCUCCUCGGGAUCCAGCGGCAGCAGAGGUACUGCUACGACCGGUAGCAGAACCUCUGCUGCUGGUAGUAGUACCCCUGCGACCGGUUUGACUAGUACCUCUGUUAUCGGUCGCAGUACCUCUGAUCGAGCCCUAGAAGCCGCGAUCGGGAUCCAGUCUCCUCGUCCUUCUUGUGUUGCCGGGCUUCAGGACAAACGUCGUUUUGGUGUUGCAGAUGCGAAAAGUGGGGUCGGAAUGGGUAAGAUAGUGAGCGAAGAUGUGGAUAAGGUUAAGGAAAAGGUGAAUUAUGGCAUUGGGAGGGGACGUAGUGUAGGAGGAGAGGGAGUCCAACCCACGUGGUUGGAGAGGGUGGCGAGGAAGGAGAGCGUAUGUGCCUCUCUGCCUGCGUUCCUAGGGAGGGAGGGUGGUGGUCCCGGCGACUUGGACUCCUUUGACUCUCAAGUACUAGUCGAGAGGAGGAGGUUGCUACCCCACAAACUGUUUCUUAGUUGUCAUGAACUGGGUGUCUGCAUCGUUAUGUGCGAGGAGGUAACCUGCGGUCCGUAUCCCGCUCAGGGACCCCUGGGACCUCUGGGCAUGGGACAUUUGAAUGCGCCCUUGGGACUUCUAGGCACGGGACAUCUGAAUCCCGCGGUCGCAGCAAUUGACCCAGUGUUUGUUGGUCAAAGUAUCUUAUUGCUUGGUCUCCCUGAGGACAAGUUAGGAGGAGGAGGAGGAGGAGGAGGAAGUGUUUGUGGUUGGAAAGAAGCAAGAGGCAGAGGAGGAGGAGGAGGAGGAGGUGGUGGUGUUUGUAAAGAAGGCCAUACCAUAGCCAGCGCUCGGGAUGAAGUUGAAGUUCUGCCCUUCUGUGGGGAGGUCAUGCCGAGAGCUCGAAUGCGACCUGGCCAUGCUGAGUGUAACCCAGACCCGUCGGCGUCGGGGUUAUGGAUGUCGCUACGCGACUCGCUGCAGCCGGUGACUGCCACUGUGCGCCACGUGGAAGGCGCUUAUGUGUCUCUCUCCAUCGCUUGGGAGAAAGGUGAGCCUCAAGUUCGUCCCCUCGCCUGUCCUUCUCUCGGGUUCGAUGCAGAUGGUGCUGCUGUUCUAUUUCUUGUUCCUGGUCCGAACGACGUUCCAGGUGCGAACCAUGGUGCACAUCAUGGGCGCGGGCAGGACCAACCUUCUCCUCGUCAGCCAUCGUUGCAUCAUUCCAAGGUGUCCGCAGUUGGUUCCGCGAUACCUGGCUCUUGUUUCAAGGCACCUGAAGUUGGUACCAUCACGUUGGGACCUGCUGUUAGUUCCAGCGCAACUGCAGUUGGUGGUCCCAAGGCACCAGCAGUUAGUUCAAAAGCAACUGCAGGUGGUGGUCCCAAGGCACCUGCAGGUGGUGGUCCCAAGGCACCAGCAGCUAGUUCCAAGGCAACUGCAGUUGGUGGUCCCAAGGCAGCUGCAGUUGGUGGUCCAAAUGCAGCUGCAGGUGGUGGUCCCAAGGCACAAGCAGUUAGUUCCAAGGGAACUGCAGGUGGUGGUCCCAAGGCACCUGCAGCUGGGUCCAACUUGAAGGCACCUGGAGUUUUUUCCAGGGGUUCUCUUGAGGACGGGAGAAUGCUGACGAGUAAGUGGGGUUCCGGGACCCAAAUUGCCGCUGCCGCUGUGACUAUGAAGUCAAUCGUCCAGUGGAUGGCGAAGCAAAGCACGCUGCAGACUGCUUCGGGAAGCAGCUGGCAGGUGUCAGAUAUCUCGCCUGUGGAUGGAGACCAUGUCCAUGGAAAUGAGCUGAACGAGAACGUCGAGAAGUGUAACAUCAGUCGUUCUCCAGAGCGGCUUUUGAUGGUCGAUCGUACGACAGGAAGCGUGGACCUGAUGCUGAAGAAGAGAUCGCAUCCGUUGAAUGUGAAGAAGAUGGAUGGUGAGGAAGAGAUUGCCGCUGCAGCUCUCCACUGCGGCGAGUGCAGAGGCCAUCUGAGACCUCAGAGCCCUAGCCUAAGGUACCAGAAGCAGAGCAGCGUGGAUUCAGGUUCCGUUCUUAACGAGGGACUUGACUCAGCUUCGUCUGAGGUGAAGCCAAAAGAUGAUGUGGAGGUAAACGAUGGUGUGCAGAAGAAAGAAGACCAUGCCAAUGACGAUGGUGAUGAGUUGGAGGAGGGAGGUCGGAUGGCAUUCCAUGGCCCUCAGCCACAGAGUACCUUGCAAGCCUUCCGAAGAAGACUUUCUGUAUCUGCAGGGUACCAGGACUCCGGAGUGGCACGUGUUGACGACAACGAUACGGACAUUGUGAUGACAUUUGGUGCUGGGAUGGGUAGUAAGGUGUGGAGCUGGCAGAGAGGAGAGGGAGGAGAAGGAGGAAGAAGAGGAGGGAGAGUAGGAAGAGGAGGAGGAGAUCGACGAAGAGAAGGAGGAAGAGUAGGAGAAGGAGGAAGAGUAGGAGGAGGAAGAGGAGGAGGAGGAGGAGGUGGAGAUGCAGGACCAUCAUGGCAUGUUCAGCCAAUGCUGGCACGAGAUAAUGAGGAGGAAGAGGUAAGGAGUGACGAUGUGGACCAAGGAAGAAAGACAGCUGAGAGUGGGAGGUUCAGGAUCAAGGACCGCCAUGGGACAAUGUGGGAAGAGGAAAGCACAGCGCUAGUGAAGUUCCGCAGCAAGACUGCAGUUCAUGCCGUCACUUCUCCGAAGGCCUGUGAGCGCUUGACGUCUGACUAUGGCGUCGUGCUGUGGAGUAACGAGGAGGAAGAGAUGGGCAACGAUAUGGUCGAACAAGGAAGAGAGACAGAGGAGAGUACGACUUUCACAAGCAAGGAUUGCUGUGGGACUAUCUGGGAAGAGGAAGGCGAGGAGGGAACUAGUGCUGGACCCAUCAGAACUUCUCGACGUCCCUUGGUGCUUGGUUGGAAAAGUCGUCCACAAGCCGAAGUAGUAGAGGUGCCUGAGGAUCAUGUCUUUCCGCAAGAGAGGUCAGAGGAGAAUGGCCUUGAGCUUAGAAUAUCCAGCGGGAAAGGAAGGGUUAACUUGGAGGGGGAAGAGGAGGACCCCCCCAUGAUCUUGCUUGCAGCAGAAGCUGCAACAGCCUCUGAGAGCUUUAGUGAUGGGAGGGAGGGGACGGGAGGAAGAGUAUGGGCAUUACAAAAUGAAGGGACGGGAAGAAAUGGAAGGGAGGGGAUGGACAAGGAGAGCAUGACCACCCCCAUAGACAUGGCCAUGUCCUCGACAUCUUCAAAAAAAGUCGGCAGUGAAAGUGGUGGACACCAAGAGAGCUGUAGCAAGAUGGGAGAAACAAGUGGCCGUUGGCAGGCACAUAGCCUACCUGGCACCGGUAUCGGCCCCGGAAAUUGUCUGCCAGCGGUCCCAAGGAUUGGACCAGGAAGUGGACCAGGAAGUGGACCAGGGAGUGGACCAGGGAGUGGACCAGGGAGUGGACCAGAAACUGCUGGAGAGACUGGGCCAGGGAGUGGACCAGGGAGUGGACCAGAAAAUGCUGGAGAGACUGGGCCAGGAACUGGACGAGGGACUGGUGCAGGGCCUGUUGUAGACAUGAAGGAACGGAUUGUGGGAUUUGGUAAUGUGAGUUGCAAGGUAUGGAUCCAAACUGGGGGGGGUAGGAGGAAAGGGGUGAUGGAGGAUGGUGAGAGAGAGGGAGGAGGGGGCAUGCAGAUCAUGAUAAAGAUGCCUGCACCUGCGGGAGGGAUGGUGACGAGCAGUAUGAUGGCUAUGCUGAAGGGAGUGGAGAAAAUCGGCCAGAGCGUAGAGAGGAUGGGGUUGGGAUUGAAGAGGGGUAGUGGUGUUAGUAAAAUAAGGGUAGAUGAGCAUGGGAUCCCUCUAGAACAGAAGUGGCAACUUUCCAUAAAUAGAAUGAAGCAGCAGAUGGAGGAGGAGCAACAAGACAAAAUGGGUGCAAGGAGAGAGGGAAGGGAGGGAGGGAGGCAAAGGUGCAGGGAGAGAGAAGAAGAUGUGAGGGAGGGAGCGUGGGGAGGGGAGGGCUGCCACGUUGACGAGCAGCGUCAACUUGAAGUUGAUGUGCGAGGAGAGAGUGGAGAGCUCUCGAUGGAGAAAGGACUGGGAACUGAAGGGCAGAGAGUAGUGGAGCACCUGCGAGAGGAGGAAAAGGAACAUCAAAUCGUGAAGGAACAUCAAAUUGUGCUGCAAAGAAUGAAAGAGGAGACAGAGGAAGAUCAAGUCAAGCACCAGAGAAGUAAGCUACAUAGACUGGAGGUGGAGAGAGUAACGGUUGAGAGGGAGUGCGUGAAGGCUUAUCUCCUUCAGGACGGAGGGGUAAGGGAGAGAACGGACAUGCAGGUUGCACUCCUUGUGGAAGAGAGAGAAGAAAGUGAGCAAGUCGGAGGAGAGAGAGUGGUCGAGGAUAAUGUGGAGAGGGAACAUGCAGUCGAUGGGGAGAGGAUGGGGUGCUGGCAGGAAAUGGAGGGAGUUGGAGGAGGCAGCGCUAAGGAUUACCUACAGCUGAAGCAAGAGGACAGGGGGAGAGGGAGUUGUGAGAGAGAGGCCAAUGAUGUCCAGAGGAAACAUGGAGUUCGUAAGGAGAGGGUGGGAUGCUGGCAAGGGAUGGAGGAAGUCACACGGGACAGCAUUAAGGAUGACCUACAGUUCAAGAGAGAGGACAUGGAGGGAGAGAAUUGGGAGAGAAAGACCCGGGGUGUUGAGGAUGCCGAGCUGUUCAUCCAGCAAACAGAUAUGAAGGAUGUGACGCAGAGAUUGGAGGAGGUGGCACAAAUUGUGGGAGAGAGAGUGGUGGGGUGUCUGCAGGAGGAGGACGGUUGCAUGCGUGUGAAGAUGAAGGGUGAUCUGGGGAAGGCGCAAGGGGAGGGGGAGGAGGGAGGGGGUAAUCAUCCACAGGAGGACAACUCGGAAGCUGUCGAUGAGCUUGUGAGAGCAUCAGAUGGAAAUGAACAGCAGCAACGAAUCCCGGAAGUUGCCAUAUCAAGUGUGUUAGCUGUCGUCUCAGCCACGGCGGCAGUUGCAUGUGCAGUUAUGGGAGGAGGUGGCAGCGGCUAUGACAAUCGAAAUCCACUCCAGAAGGAUGGAGCUGUGGUUGAGGGUGGUUCAAGUGAAGACGAGAAGGAAUCAGAUUCCGCACCUGGUUCAGCGGUCAUACCUGGAGCUGAAGUUAGUGUCCGCGCUGGUUUAGUGGAAGGUCUUAACGAGGAUCUGGAACCUUUAACUUACAGAGGGAAAGAUGAGUGGUCAGAGAGGGACAUGGACCAAGUGAUUUCCACAAACAGGAAAGAUGAGACGGAGUUGGAGUCCACACCUGGUUCAGCAGUCAUACCUUUAGGUCCAGUUGGUGUCUGUGCUGGUGUAGGGGAAGAACUUAAUGCGGACUUGCAAUCUCUAACUUGUGGAGGGAAAGAUCAGAGGGAAGAUGAGAGGGACAUGGAUGCAGUGAUUUCCGCUAAGAGGAAAGAUGAGGCUGUUGCUUCUCCAGAUGCAUGGGCAGAUUUGAAGGCCCACAUCAAUGAGAAGGAAUCCAGUUUUGGACCUGGUUCGGGUGAAGGAGUAGUAGUAGGAGGAGGUGGCGGUGGCAGCGGCAGCGGUGGCGGAGGCGGAGGAGGAGGAGGAGGAGGAGGAGGAGGAGAAGUAGCAGUAGUGGAUGGGGAUGGAAGUUGCAAGCAGCUUACAUAUGAUGCGGAUGGGCCUGGAAGCUGCAAGCGACUUGAGAAUGAUGGGCAGCUUUCUCAUCAGGAGCAGGCGGUCGAGACUCCGGAGGGAGAGCAUCCCGAUGUCACUCGGGACUCGGUGAAUGGAUGUCUUCUGCUUGAAGAGCUCAUCAGCAGAAGGUGUGUGGAUGGAAUGGAGAAGUCUUUAAUGGAGCAAGCUAUGGAUGGAGGAAUUUCUACUGAAGCCUCCCGGAGUGUUCCCAUGUCGGAUCCGGUUGCUGAACACGGUCUGGUAUUUGCUAGCAAGGAAGGAAAUGGAAUGGAGAAGUCUUUAAUGGAGCAAGCUAUGGAUGGAGGAAUUUCUACUGAAGCCUCUCAGAGUGUUCCCAUGUCGGAUCCAGUUGCUGAACACGGUCUGGUAUUUGCAAGCAAGGAACGAACUCUGGGGGAUGACGGAGAUCAUCAGGAGGUGAAACGAAAGCCGUGGAGAGGAUAUGUUGAGAUACCACGAAGGGGUGCGAUGCCAGAGAUUGUGGUCAUUUAUGAGAUCUGUCCACAUCGAAAAGUGGAUGAAGAUGGUGUCCUGUCAUCAGAUAGAGCUGCCGUCAACACCGAAGUCAAAUCUGUUGACCACAAUGGAAAUGAGGUGAAAGAUAUACCAAACCCUUCAGAUGGGACUCCGGGGAGCGAGAGGAAGGAGAACGGAGGUAGAGAUGUUGCCGCCUCCAAGUCUCGGUCGUCUAUGGCACCAGCAGUGUGCUCAGACACCGCAUCAUCUUCAAGAGGUUCAUCAAGUCCGUUCGGUGGUUGUCUUGGUUUUCGGCCUCCAGAAAAGCACAGACGGGUGGACGGGGGUUUGGGAAUAAGACCUCUGCAAGGCCAGGAAGGGGUGUCGGUGAAGCUUGCUGCGCUGAAGCAGAAGGGGGAUGAGAAAGCGGAGAAAUUGGUCCGUGGGAAUGGGCCUGCGCCGUCAGCCAUUGAUCAAGGUGGGUCUAGUCAGAGGCGGGACCAACAUGUCCGAGAAUCUUUUGAAGGCCUGAUCGGGAUAGCCUCCACCUUAGGAAAACUGACAGACAAGAGGAUUGUUAGGAGGCAGUUGAUGUCAACAUUUGGCAGCUUGGGAAUAGAGUCGAAGCCAACAAUAGCACCAGUUUCUGAACCUAGGAGUGGACAGCAACCCGCAUCUGGACUCUUUUCUGGAAAUGGCUUGGUACAGAGACCUGAACCACCAGUUUCCGGACCCAGGAGUGGACAGCAACCUGCAUGUGGACGCGUUUUGGGCCAGCAUACCAUUCCCGCACCUGUAUCGGGGCGGGGAUCAGCAACUCUGCCUGUGCACAUGUCUGGGCAGGGGCCUACGCUUGGAUUGGGACAAAUGCCUGCACCUGUAUCUGGACAUGGGCUUCUUGCCAAACAUGGCCUUGAACUGGGAUCUGGAUAUGUUGGAUCGGUGGCCUCGCUUGAGAACAGCGAUGUUGGGGGAGGAGGGAGGAGGGAGGAGGGAGGAGGAGAAAAAGACAAAAGAGUUCUGCCAUACAAGGAUGUCCUUGAUGAGUUGAACAAAUGGAAUUUCGGAUUGGAAGAAGAAGCGACAAUGCGAGCAUUCGAAGAUUGGAACCCUGCGCACAGGGGCAUAAUCAACUACAACCACUUGCUGGACAAACUGGAGACACUAUCCCCAAGGAGAAGAGGGAUGAGGUACAACUACAUGGAAUGGCCACUGGUAACCGCACCGUGGGAGCCUUUGUGGGGCUCAAAGUCAAAGGUCAGCUCAAGUCAAAGUUAAAAGUUAAAACCAACAAACCUUUUUUGAAGUUUUUUCCUUCUUUUUUCUUUCGUGGAAUCACAGGCUGAGUCUUGCUCCUGUACAAAGCCAAAGAAAAAAGUUAAAAAAACUUGAAGACUCACAAUCAAAGCAAGGAGCAGGA